AUGUCAGAAGAGAAAGCAGAAAAACAACGUUUUAUUGUUAAAACAAACAAGACGGGCAAUGACCAUCUUCUUUCGGAUCUAUUUAAGAAAGGGGAUGUGCUAGCUGGCACCAAUGAAAGACAGAAAGCAGACAAAUCUAAUACUUUUUUGGAAGGCUCUUCUCAAUGUAAACAAAUGGUUACACCUCAAGUUUCGUUGUCGAAGGAAAAUCAUAAUCGGAAGACUUUGGACCCCAGAAAAAGUACAAGUAAUGCUAAUGAUAAUUUAGUAGAAUUGGGUAUUGCGAAGAAAAGAAAGAAAAGGCACAUCUUUUCUUGCAAAAAUUGCCGAAAACUAAAGACAAAGUGUGCUGUUAAUCCAUUAACCACCUCAUGCUAUAGAUGCGAGCGUCUUCAUUUAAAUUGCAAUUUGGGAAAAUUAAAUUUGGACUCUAAUAAAGAGUGUCAUCAAUUGGAUGGAUCUCUGUUGGAAAAGCAAUUAUUUCAAAUACAAAAGAAUUAUGAAUAUUUGAAUGAAAAAAUAGACAAGGGCAAAAUAGACCAGGAAUCUGAAUCGGUAUCAAGUUUGAGUAGGAGUAUUUCAAAUAAGUCUGAUCUUCAUCCUAUUCUUCCAAGAUACAAUGACUUUUCACCCAUGAAUGUGAUGAACCAGAUACACUCUAGUUUACCGAGGAAAUCCCCAACCCGGUCCGAUGCUCUUAUGCAGUCGCUAAGCAACUUUUUAAACUUCUACAUGGAAAAUGAGUCUCUUUGCUUAUUACUAUCGAAAACAUUUUUGGAAACGGCCCACUAUUGGAUUAUUCCUGGAGGCAUAAGCGAGAUAGAUAGGGAAUACGUUUUUCACCAUCCUGUAAAUGCUUGCGUGUAUGUAAUGCUGGCCAUGGCCUUUGAUAUGGAGAACAAAUAUUCUGUUGAGGAAAAAUUACUUUAUCCGAUAGCAAAAUCUAUCAUCACGAAUAUUCUUGUUUCUGUUCCACGCUCAGAUCACGAUAUAGAGGCUCUUUUGUAUGUUGCAUUGUAUGGUAUCACUCGAAGGGGUGGGAGGGCCACAAUUAGUCUAGCUGGAGGUAGCAAGAAUGACAAGAAUUAUACUCUGGCGGAUGAGAUUUUGGUGGAUAGCUUUGAUGGAUGGACUAUUUCAUCUUCCUGUUUUAACCAUUGCAUUAUUUCCCUAGAUCUGAAAAGCAUAUACGAAAGGGCUUCCAAUGGAUUUUUUACUGAUGAUGAUAUAUUUCAUUUGCGCAUUUUUAAUGCAUCCUGCUGCAGUCAUUACCAAUGUGCAAUUGGUUAUGGUAGACCAACCGUGAUCAAUGCGUCGUAUGUUCAUUUGCACAAAUUAAUCUUGCAGUAUCCAAAUGCUACAAUAGGAGAUGCAAUAAAGGUAGCAGAGCUUGAACUGUAUUGGACACUAUGUGUUGAUAUUGAUAAAAUUAUGAGUGGCUGUGCGAUUUCUAUUGACCCACAUACAGGUAAAAAUGAUGAAAAAGGUGCACACACAUAUCUUUUCGAUGAUUUAGAGGAGUGGUACCAUAAUUGGGGUAAAAUCAUGUCGAAGGACGUCACACAUGGAUUACAGUUAUCGUACUACUUUGCACAUGUUGUUUUGGCUCUUCAGCUUAUGAAAUAUCAUGGAGACGGAAGCAGAAAUAAAAGUAAAGGAGGGAAAAACGAAUCCUUGAAAAAUUCCGCUCGAGAUGUAUCUGUAGCCCGCGAGCAGGCAUGCAAGUAUUCUUUCUGCAUUAUUAAGCUAUUUUUAAGUUUACCAAAGGAUUCUAUAAAAGGAUCCCCUCUAUUCUUGUUCUGCGAGAUAGUGUAUGCGUGUGUCAGCUUGUUUGAUUUUCGGGAGAGUAUGAACAUGAAAAAGCAGAAAGCAUCUCUUAGCGCUAUCUCCAAAGUGUACUGGCACCUAAAUAAGGCCGGAGAAGGGAUUAAUGUUGCGACCGAGAGUAUAGCCGGGUUAGUCCGGAAAUUGGUUGAGCUGGCAAAUAAUCAUGAAAAGCUCAAGUAUGAGGAAGCAGCCAGCUUUGUUGGAAGUGGAUCAAUUACAGAGACGUACAUUAGAAAGAGACACAUAAAAAGAAGAGAUAGUCAGCAACAGAGACAUUUAUCGGUGGAAGAUCUUCCUGCCUUAGUAAGGGAAAAACGUCGGAGGUCAUCGUUACACUUUGAAGGUACAAAAAAGGGUCUGCAAUUAAAGCAAUGCGAUACUGACAGUUCAUUGGACCGAAAUGGUGCAUUACAAAAUGUAAGAUCUGCAAAUGUGUCUCCAAAGUAUGGAAAGACAAGACCGCUUGAUUCUAUGCUGUUAGAAGAGCAACCAGAAUCCGGCGAUGCUGACGUUCUGGCAGGGGAUAAUGAUAUUAUAAUUCCGGAUGUCUAUGAAGAUCUUGGGUGUGCCUUUGAUUUCAGCUCAUCUACAAUCUUUAUUGCCCCAACUUUGCGUAUAUUAGAAAUUUCGAUUAUGCGCUCCAGUGGGGACGUGAGUACACCAAGCUUUUCGAUUAGAAUGGAUAAUCAACAUCCCAAAACUGAACCAGGAAUUCAGGGCACUUUCACGGGCUACCAAACGGAUUACGGUGGGGCAUACUUGGCAAUACACGGCGUAGCUCGCGAGUAUCCAGCGGAUGAGCACUCGCCACAGGAUAAUCAGCAAAUCACCUCACACCAAACCUAUUGCUCACCUUCUAAUAUUUCCGCAUCCCCAAUUUUUCCACGGCGCACUUGCCCACGGUCUACACAGUGGGUUGAUCCGGGCCUUGGGCCCACACCGCAGCCCAUGACACAGGGGCAGACUUUGGCGGUUGAAGCAGUCGCGUCGAACGACCCGCAGAGGACUCAGAUGCCGAUUUUGGACCCGGGUCGCGUUCAUCACCCACAACUUGAUGAUUUGGCUUCCGGAUUUGUGCAAAAUAGGACUACAAGACUUAACGGGCAGCCGCCUGAAAUGGAAUGCCCCUCAGGGGCCACUUCACAAGGCCAAUCUUUCCAGGUUGCCGGUCAGUACCAAUUCAGUUGCCAGGCGUUAGAACAGGCUCCUAUCAGCUACCAGCAAAACCAGAGUGGCCAGGAAUACCGUGAUUCAUCACAGCAGUCACGGCAGAAGUACAUGGCAGCAGAUGAUGCUCCAUUGAAAAAGAGACAGGCUACAUGUUCACGCUUUGACUGGAAUGCCUCUUUACAAAUGGGGAGCAGCAAGUCCAUGCAACCAGAUUCAGCAAUUGUUCCUUCUGCUCCCAACAUGCUGUCUCAGGGCCCAGGUGGCUAUCAAAUUAAGGAAGAAAAGUGCCUGGGUUCGCGGCUGGCUGCGUCUCCUAGCAAUAUUUCCAAAUUUGUAAACACUGGUGGUAGCGCUUUGAAUAGAACAAGCGUGUACGGUACAACAGAAGACCAGAGUAGGCCCCUGACGGGAGGGACCCAACUAAGUGUACUAAAUGCAUGCUGUGAGCGUAAAAAUGACAGCUCAUAUCUUGUCUAUAUGGCCGAGGAAAAGGCCAAAUCCGAGAGCAUUGAGAGUCUUGCCGAUGCAAUCAAGAAGGAGAACGCCAACAUGAAAGACUUAUCAAAGCCGGAAAAUUGCAAUCUAAAUUCAAGGCAGAUAAGGCAUUUGGCGACCAAGGUUAAGAAGCAGCAUCAGCUAUUCGCCAUGGUGGUUCUUUUUCGCUCGGUCAAGAUCAAGAAAACAGCUGUCUGCCCCCGUAAUAGAGUGUACAACAAGUAUAUCAUGGUUUGCCACCAGUUUGAUAUAAAUCCAAUGUGUAACGCUUCAUUUGGAAAGCUUGUGCGAAUGUGCUUUCCAAAUGUCACCACUCGAAGAUUAGGCAUUCGUGGCACGAGCAGAUAUCAUUAUUGCGGGCUUGAGCUGAAGGAUGAAAGCGAAAAUGAUUAUUUCGAUUCGAUGGAUUUUGUUGAGGGCAAACUUCGGGUAUCCCAGUCCUUUAAUGAGAAUGUGCAUGGCUUAAUAAGCAAAAGUACCUCCGGCGAAAUUUGUGAUUUGAGCUUUGAUCUAAACGUUCUAGGCCGUCUAACGAAUUGUUCUCCACCUUUUGAGUUGUCUGUAGAUGAACUUGUGCAAGAAUUUGCAGGUGAAAAAUCAGAAGAUGAGGUCAACUUGUUCCGAGAGUUCGCUCAGGUGUACGUUAAAUUCUGCCUUUCUACAUUUAAACAUUUGAGAUUCAUUCAAAUGAAGUCUUUAUUUGAUGAGCUUUCGCACUUUGACCUCAAUAAUAAGGUGAGCGCCAAGUGUUUUGCCUAUAUAGACAAUCCGACCCAUCACAAAAUGGUUACAUCAUUUGUUGCACGAUGUGAUGAUGAUUUAUACGCCCAUAGUAUCAUGCUACUGUCAAAGACAGUUUUUCAGGACGUUCCUCUAGCAGUCAGAAAACAAAUAUUUAAGCUGGACUCAAAUUUGAUAAUUUGCGUGGAGAAAAUGAAGAUUUUGCCAUGUAUUAAAUUACAGAAGUUGGCAUCAAUUAAAAUUUUUGUUGGCUUGAUUUCUUCACUAGUUCGAGUGAUAAACAACGCAUCCAAGCUGAGCUUAUCCAUGUCAGAUCCUUCUGUUAGAGUCGAUAUGUUUAAGGAGUGGAAAUCCUUAAAUAAAAAAAGAGUCAUCACUCGAGAACCACUAUUAUCAGACAAACUAAAGGAAAGAAUGUCCUCAUUUUUUUGCAACGAUGUCACGUAUUCCUUUAAAGAAUUACAGCUCUUGAAUUUACCGUCUGAAAAUUCCAAAGCGGUUAGAACAUACGUUAUUAGGAAUUUAAGUAGCCUUUUAUUUAGGUCGCUUUGCAAUUUUGAGGAUACCGAUCCUAAAGAGUAUCUUCUUUGUGCAAGUGGAUCCAUCACAUCAAUAAUGAGAGCACUAUUUUACAAAGCUGGAAACAACAUGCAGAGUUCUGAUAUUCAUGUUUCCGAAUGGUGGGAUAUAAAUUGUUGGGCUACCGAGUUCUUGAACUUUAUUGGGCUGCUCGGUGGCUAUCUAAAAAAAAAUGAUAAGCUAUGUAAAGAUAUUGAUAUCUUAUCUUUGCAACGCUGA